GGUGCUCCUUUUCUCUCUCUUGACAUCGGGCUAUUUCUUCUAAACCCAAAACAAAUUUCAUCCUUUCACACGUCUCUCUCUUUAAGGAUCAAGCAGCCGCCGAAUCUUUUUCUGGGCUAUAUUUUAAACAGCAGCCUCUAAAAGUGGCUAGAGUGCGGUUAACCCGUUACCAGAGCAGACGGAAAUUUUCUCCAUUGCCGGAAUAGAGAAAUCUGGAGAGAUGGCUGUUUCAAGAGCACUCAGAAGGUUCUGGAGAAGCUAUUCAACGGUUUCGUCGGAGCGACUACGCUUUUGCAUCGUCGGCAGCGGACCUGCCGGUUUCUACACUGCUGAUAAGAUAUUGAAAGCUCACGAGAGAGCUGAAGUAGAUAUAGUGGAUCGGUUACCGACGCCAUUUGGAUUAGUCAGGUCCGGAGUCGCUCCUGAUCAUCCUGAUACCAAGAUUGUGACAAACCAGUUUUCUCGGGUUGUUCAAAAUGGACGUUGCUCGUUCAUUGGGAAUGUGUUGAUUGGAACUUCCAUAUCAUUGGCUGAGCUGCGUGAAUUAUAUGAUGUGGUGGUGCUUUCUUAUGGAGCUGAAAGUGAUCAAGCUCUAGGAAUACCAGGAGAGGAGUUGGCUGGUAUAUACGCUGCCAGAGAAUUUGUUUGGUGGUAUAAUGGGCACCCAGACUGCCGAAAUCUGGCACCAGAUUUGAAGAGCUCCGAUAUUGCUGUAAUUAUUGGUCAGGGAAAUGUAGCUCUUGACGUGGCGCGUAUCCUUUUACGACCAACUUCAGAAUUGGCAACAACUGAUAUCGCCUCCCAUGCGUUGGCAGCUUUAGAAGAGAGCUCCAUUAGAAAAGUAUAUUUGGUUGGACGACGUGGAGCAGCACAAGCAGCCUUCACGGCAAAAGAGCUGCGUGAAGUUCUAGGUAUUAAGGAUCUAUUCAUUGAAAUUCAGCAAGCAGAUUUAAGUAAAACCCCAGUAGAUGAGGAAGAACUAAAGAGUAACCGGAUUAAAAGGAGAAUUCAUGAACUGCUGUCCAAGGCAGCCACUUCUGCAGCUUCCGUAUGUAGUCCAGGUCAAAAAGAACUGCACUUUGUCUUCUUCAGAAAACCAGACAGGUUUCUGGAAUCAGAUUGUAGAAGUGGUCAUGUUGCUGGUUUGCGCUUGGAGAGGACAAUUCUUAAAGAAGAUGCUGGCUCUGGGAGGCAGAUUGCAGUUGGUACUGGACUUUUUGAUGAAAUGGAAUGCGGGCUGGUAUUGAAGAGCGUUGGUUACAAGUCGAGACCUGUUGAUGGCUUGCCCUUUGAUCACCAUAAAGGAAUUGUUCCAAAUGUUCAAGGACGUGUGUUAAGCGAAGCUUCUGGAGAUGCACUAGUAGAGAAAGGCUUAUAUGUAUGUGGGUGGUUGAAGAGAGGACCAACUGGGAUAAUAGCUACAAAUCUUUACUGUGCUGAAGAAACUGUCGCUAGCAUAUCAGAAGACGUACAGAGAGGAUUGGUAACUUCAAGCUCUGGCUUACCAAAGCCCGGAAGGGACGGCCUGCUCCAACUGCUAGAUAGCAGGAAUGUCAAAAUCGUUCCAUUUGGUGGCUGGGAAAAGAUCGACAGUGAAGAGAAAAGGAGAGGGAGUCUGAAAAACAAACCCAGGGAAAAACUUACCACUUGGCAGGAAUUACUAGAAGUUGCCGCCAAGUGAUGAAAAGUGUGUCCAGGAUGGCAGAUUUUGCUCACAUCUGGUCGUUUUCCUGGUGAAGCAUGAACUUGAUAACUCCUUCAGAUGUGUUGCAUUUGAUUGGCCCUCGGCAUAUAGAGGAUUGACAGUGCAUUUAAGGAAACAUGAGAAAUAAUCAGUCCUGCCUAAUUAACUCCUUAUGGGCUCUUCUGUUCCUUGAACCUUCUACUGAUGUGGUGACAGAUACUAACCAGGUUCUGGCAGAUGACGAGUUUGGUAACACAUUCAUCAUUUGAAAUUGAGCACUGCAGUUGUAUUACAAGCUAGCAUAUGCAUUUUUCAUUUGUCCAAGUGUAACACUCCAUAGAAGUUUCAACACUCGCUAAAAAUAGAAUUUAAUUUUUUUGUUUUAAAAAAAUAAUCUUAUAUUAUACUUCUAUUAAAGAUUUAAACCCUGGUGAUUGACAUUUGA